AUGGGUAUUGCCAACAAGAAAGCCUUACCUGGUCAAAGGACUCCGGGUAACGUUGGAAGGAGUUUAAAAGUCUUAAACUGCAACAAUCCAACAUUCCAAACCCUGCCUAUGGCUUUGAGGGCGGCUGCGGUUGCGGCGCAGCCUUCGUCGCGCACGGUGGAACCCAAAUCCUCCCUCUUCGUUUCCGGGCUUAACAAACGGACGACAUCUGAACGCCUACUCCAAGAAUUUUCUAAGUUUGGCAAAGUUGUUCGCACUAGGGUGAUGAUCGAUAGAGAAGGUUGUUCUAAAGGGUAUGGUUUUGUACAAUAUGCCACUAUAGAAGAGGCUGCAAAGGGCAUCGAAAGCAUGAAUGGAAAGUUUUUGGAUGGUUGGAUUAUAUUUGUAGAGUAUGCCAAAUCUAUCCCAGAACCUACACAGCAAUCUCACCGGUAUCUCCGGCAGUAGAGGUUCGUAAUUGGCUAAGACGAUAAACAGGCCAAAUGCGGGUGGCUUGUCUUCGUGCUUCAAAUUCUAACUAGAAGCAUUAGUUUUUGUAGAAGUUUUAUAUUGUAGUGCAAUGGUUCUCUUUGGAUGCCGUGAUGUAUCAUAAAUUUGAUUUGUAAUAUCACUUGGUUGAGAUGAGAGCUAACAUUAUUAUUCAUCAUAUAAAACAUACACAUUCACUUGUA